AUGGCAGCAGCAGCAUACGGCUUUAAAAGUCAACGACAGACAGAGAAGGCAACGACCGACAGGCAAAGCAACGACCGAUGGACAAGGCAACGACCGACAGGCAAAGCAACGACCGACAGGCAAGGCAACGACCUACAUGUAAGGCAACGACCGACGGGCAAGGCAACGACCGACAGGCAAGGCAACGACCGAGAGACAAGGCAACGACCGACGGACAAGGCAACGACCGACAGGCAAGGCAACGACCGAGAGACAAGGCAACGACCGACGGACAAGGCAACGACCGACGGACAAGGCAACGACCGACGGACAAGGCAACGACCGACAGGCAAGGCAACGACUGACGGACAAGGCAACGACCUACAGACAAGGCAACGACCUACAUGUAAGGCAACGACUGACGGACAAGGCAACGACCUACAGACAAGGCAACGACCGACGGACAAGGCAACGACCUACAGACAAGGCAACGACCGACGGACAAGGCAACGACCUACAGACAAGGCAACGACCUACAGACAAGGCAACGACCUACAGACAAGGCAACGACCUACAUACAAGGCAACGACCUACAGACAAGGCAACGACCUACAGACAAGGCAACGACCUACAGACAAGGCAACGACCUACAGACAAGGCAACGACCUACAGAUAAGGCAACGACUGACGGACAAGGCAACGACCUACAGACAAGGCAACGACCUACAGACAAGGCAACGACCUACAGGCAAGGCAACGACUGACGGACAAGGCAACGACCUACAUGUAAGGCAACGACUGACGGACAAGGCAACGACCUACAGGCAAGGCAACGACCUACAGGCAAGGCAACGACCUACAUGUAAGGCAACGACCAACAGACAAGGCAACGACCAACAAACAAGGCAACGGCCAACAGACAAGGCAACGACCGACAUGUAA